AUGACACACUGUACAAGUGGAGAAAACCUAGAUUUUCCUGGCACAGAAAGUCUAGGUCAGAGUUGUCGAGCAGCCAAUCAGAACCGGUCAUGUACCAGCAGGAGCGGGACCUCCGAGGGAGGAGGAAGAUGGCGGCGGGGGCGAGGAAUUUUCAAAAGAAAUAAUUCCAGAUUGAUGGAUGAAAUUUUAAAACAGCAGCAGGAAUUUCUGGGCCUAGAUUGUUCCCAAUACUCAACAGAGUUCGCAAAUAGUAAUGAAAAAGAUGAUCAAGUUUUAAAUUGCCAUUUGGCUGUGAAGGUGCUGUCCCCAGAAGAUGGAAAAGCAGAUGUUGUGAGAGCUGCUCAAGACUUCUGCCAGUUAGUAGCCAAGCAGCAAAAGAGAUCCACAGAUUUGGAUGUAGAUAUGUUAGACAGUUUACUUAGUUCAAGUGGUUUUCCUGAUCCUGAUUUAGUGUUGAAGUUUGGUCCUGUGGACAGCACAUCAGGCUUUCUUCCCUGGCAAAUCAGAUUGACUGAAAUUGUCUCUUUGCCUUCCCACCUAAACAUCAGCUGUGAGGACUUUUUCUCUGCCCUUUGUCAGUAUGCAGCCUGUGAACAGCGUCUGGGAAAGUAAUGAUCCCCAGUGUGCAAUUUGAUUUCAGGCUUUUGGAGAAAAGGAUUCAAGUGACUCUGAUGUUUACGAAGCACCUAUGAAACCCUGUAUACACCUA